AUGCCGGCAGUGUGGAAACUUCCACACAGGGGAAUGCUGGCCAAUUUUGAUGGCCAUGCCAUCACCAUAUCCGCUCACACCCCAUCUGCAGGCGACGCCCCGCCCCCGCCUGGCAAGAAGCCAACAAGAAGAAAGCGGCCCGAUAAGGCCAAGAAGAAGGAAGAGAAGAAGAACGAGGAUGAAGCUGAGAGGGGGGAGAAGAAGGGGGAGGCCGAGGGAGACAAGCCCAGCUCUGAGUGA